CACUUCCGGCGUGUUUGGCGCCCGAGCUGCCGAGUGUCAGCGGGAAGAUGGCGGCAGCGAGAGCGGGCGGUGGAGCGGCGGCCGGAGCGGCUCACCCGAGCGCUGCCCCCGCACCCGGCGCCCCCACCAACCCCAUCACCGCCGCCCCCGCCGGCCCUGUGCAGCAGGGCCUGAAGGAGGCGCUCUUCGAGGCCCUGGGCGCCAUCCUGUCCCCGGUGCAGGAGGUGCGGGCCGCGGGGGAGGAGCAGAUCAAAGUGCUGGAGGUGACGGAGGAGUUUGGUGUUCACCUAGCUGAGCUAACAGUGGAUCCCCAGGGAGUUCUGGCUAUCCGGCAGCUGGCAUCUGUAAUUCUCAAACAGUACGUGGAGAAUCAUUGGUGUAAUCAGUCAGAGAAAUUCCACCCACCUGAGACUACUGAGAGGGCUAAGGUGGCCAUCAGAGAGCUUUUACCAAGUGGCCUGCAAGAGUCGAUCAGUAAAGUGCGAUCCAGUGUAGCCUAUGCUAUAUCAGCAAUAGCCUGGGAUUGGCCUGAGGCCUGGCCAGAUCUCUUCAGACUGUUGAUGGAGAUGUUGAUCAGCGGCGAUGUGAAUGCUGUGCACGGGGCAUUUCUGUUUGUGACUUUCUUCUGCAGAGUUACUCGGGAGGUUACAGACACCCAGAUGCCACUGGUAGCACCUGUAAUUUUGCCAGAAAUGUACAAGAUUUUUACAAUGGCUGAGGUUUACAGUAUUCGGACUAGAGCACGUGCAGUUGAGAUCUUCACCACAUGUGCCAACCUUAUUUGUGCAUUGAGGGUUGAGAAGGGCGCAGCCAAGGCAUUGAUUUUCCCUGUGGUACAGCAAUUCAUCCAGGCAUUUGUACAAGCUCUGCAAAUGCCAGAUGGCCCAAAUUCUGAUAGUGGACUGAAGAUGGAAGUGCUAAAGGCAGUGACAGCUCUGGUUAAGAAUUUUCCAAAGCACAUGGUCUCGUCAAUGCAACAGGUCCUACCAAUUGUUUGGAAUACUCUAACUGAUAGUGUGGCCACUUACGUAAGGACAGAGGUGAAUUAUAUGGAAGAGGUGGAUGAUCCAGUAGAUUCGGAUGGUGAGGUGCUGGGGUUUGAGAAUUUGGUGUUCAAUGUUUUUGAGUUUGUGCAUACGCUACUGGAGAACAGGAAGUUUAAGAGCACUGUGAAGAAGGCCCUGCCUGAGUUGAUUUACUACAUCAUCUUGUACAUGCAGAUUACUGAAGAACAGAUUAAGGUCUGGACAGGAAACCCACAUCAGUUUGUGGAGGAUGAAGAUGACGACACCUUUUCGUAUUCAGUGCGAAUCUCAGCUCAGGAUCUCCUGCUGGCUGUUGUAAGUGACUUUCAGAAUGAAAGUGCCAUUGCCUUAGCAGCAGCUGCAACUAAGCAUCUGCAGGAAGCUGAGCAGGCCAAGCGUGAUGGGAAUGUUCACUGGUGGAAAAUUCACGAGGCUUGCAUGCUGGCGCUGGGUUCUGUGAAGAGUGUCAUUACCGACAGUGUGAAGAACGGGCGGAUACAGUUCGACAUACAUGGAUUUCUCACCAAUGUCGUCCUUGCUGACCUCAACCUUUCAGUAUCUCCUUUCCUACUUGGCCGUGCGCUGUGGGCCGCCAGCCGAUUCACUACAGUUAUGACCCCUGAGCUGAUCCAGCAGUUUCUACAAGCAACUGUGAGUGGCUUGCAUGAGACCCAGCCACCGUCAGUGCGAAUCUCAGCAGUUCGAGCCAUCUGGGGGUACUGUGACCAGUUGAAAAUCUCGGAUUGUACACGUGUGCUACAGCCAUUCCUACCCAGCAUCCUGGAUGGGCUGAUUCAACUCGCUACUCAGUUCAGUUCUGAGGUGCUGACACUGGUCAUGGAGACUUUGUGUGUUGUCUGUACCGUGGACCCUGCCUUCACUAUCAGUGUGGAAAAUAAAGUCUGUCCCCUUACCAUUGCAAUCUUCCUCAAGUACAGUAAUGAUCCAGUGGUUGCAUCUCUGGCACAAGAUAUUUUCAAGGAGCUUGCACAGAUCGAGGCCUGUCAGGGUCCCAUGCAGAUGAGGUUAAUUCCAACUCUUGUUAGCAUCAUGCAUGCUCCAUCUGAUAAAAUACCCUCAGGACUCUGCGCAACUGCUAUUGACAUACUGACAACUGUAGUGAGAAACACCAAGCUGCCACUGUCAGAGGUGCUGAUCUGUCAGGCAUUCCCCGUUGUGGCUCAGUGUACACUGCACACAGAUGACAACGCAACCAUGCAGAAUGGCGGUGAGUGUCUGCGCGCCUAUGUGGCUGUAGCAAUGGAACAAAUAGCACAGUGGCAUGAUGAGCAGGGUCAUAAUGGGCUCUGGUACGUCAUGCAAGUGGUUAGCCAACUUCUGGAUCCCCGCACUUCGGAGUACACUGCAGCAUUUGUAGGGCGGCUGGUUUCCACUCUCAUCUCAAAGGCUGGCUCACAGUUGGGAGAAAACCUCGACCAGAUACUGCGAGCAAUUCUCAGCAAAAUGCAGCAAGCAGAGACACUCGCUGUAAUGCAGUCUCUGAUUAUGGUGUUUGCACACCUUGUUCACAAUCAGCUGGAGCCUCUGCUGGAGUUUCUCUGCAGUCUGCCUGGGCCCACUGGCAAACCUGCAUUGGAGUUUGUCAUGUCUGAGUGGACCAGUCGACAGCCUCUCUUCUACGGACAGUACGAGGGCAAAGUCAGUACUGUAGCGAUGUGCAAGCUCCUGCAACAUGGUAUUAACACAGACGACAAGCGACUGCAGGAUAUCAUGGUGAAAGGGGAGGAGGUGUUCAAUGCUGAUGAGGGAAUUCGCACUCGCUCCAAAACAGCAAAAAAUCCAGAACAAUGGACAAAUAUUCCUCUGCUAGUUAAACUCUUCAAGUUGGUGAUUGGUGAACUCUCCAGUGUCAUGGAAGCAAAUAUCUCCCGGCAAUCCAAUGCAGCUGAGUGGAAUCAAGAUGAUGCUAACGAUAUGUGGGAGGACCAAGAUGACAAUGAUGAAGAGGAUGAUGAUGAAGGGCUAGCUGGACAGCUGUUAUCAGACCUGCUCAAUACAGGGGGAAGCAUUAGAUAUGACGAUGACUAUUAUGAUGAUGACGGUGAAGAUGACCCAGACACACUGAAGGAUCCCUUGUAUCAAGUUGAUUUGCAGGCCUAUCUAACUGAUUACCUCCGGCAAUUUGCGCAACAGCCCUGCUACACACCGUUUUCUGAUCACCUUAACGAAAAGGAGAAGAGAGUUUUACGCUCGAUAGGCAUUUAAGAUAAACUGGAAGAGACGUGAUUCUCCCGUGUCUGCUGUGUCAUUGACUGACACCAAACUCGGUCACCUUAUGAAACUUCCUCCUGUGCCAGUUGCUCAUUUUAUGGGGAGAAAAGAUCAGAUUUCAUCGUAGCCUUUCUUUCAUCAUGACUCAAAGCAAUUGAACGGCAGAGGCCUAACUAAGGACGAGUAGUUUAAUUUAAUGAAGCACACGAGCCUUUGGGAGUUUCUGCAGCCGUGCUGUUUGGUACUGGAGGAAACCUGUGCUGCAAAGCUCUGCAGUCUCUCUUGUCUCCGUAAAGUCCUGUCAUGGGUCAGUACUACUAUCUUGGAACCUGUGCGGUUCCUGGGAGCAGGCCUGGUUUAACUCUCUCCUUUUUGCUACAGAACACAAAUAUCGAGCUACGUGAUGCACUUAAAGAAGUAGAAUGAAGAUUGAAGCUUUUGUGAAACAUUUUGUUUUCCAAUUGUCCUGGUAUUCGGUCUGAGCUUUUCUCACUGAAAGUCGCUCCUGCUCUGAGGGUAUAUGUCGAGCUGUAUCUGAUGCAUUUCCUGACAGAUUCUGAGAUGGUUACAGCUGAGUUAGCUGUGGGAUGGGCGAUGCUGUUUUCCAGGACCCUAGUUUGUUCCUGUUCUGUUAAGGGAAAAGAAAUAAGACCUGAGAAAGAGAAUAGUGGGAAGAGAUGGUGAGACAGGUUCCAGUAGGAGAGGACAGGGUGCAGUGGAGUGAGAGAUAGGAGGUUAGAAUGUAUGAUGUGGGAGACAGAAGAUGACUCCGGGUGUUUGAGCCUGGGAUGGGGUUUGUUGCAGUACAUGGAUGGGGAGAUGGAGCUGGAAGUAGAACCAGAUGUGGAUAAGAGUAGGGGCAGUGGGAAGACAGUGGGCUGGGGACGUUGCCAUGAAUGUUUGUGAACUAUGGUCCAGCUUUAUCUGCAUACCAUGGGACUAUUUUGUAAAUCUCAUUUUUUUUGUACGGACAGUCUGUGAGGUUCUGCAAUUCUUGUGUGGUGGAUGUUAAACUUGUCAGUAUAUUGUGGGCUACAUUUCUGUGUAAUCAUCCAACCCAGUCACUGGAACGAAAUGAGUAUCUCACACCCAAUCCCUGAUUAAUGGGGGAUGUACUGGAAUUGGUGAUUUCAAUACAUCAUAAACUUGUCCAGUAUCUCCUGAGACACAAUUGGAAAGCAGUAUGUGUGUGUUCGGGUAGUCUUAGAAGUAUUCACUUCGGUGAUCCUGCUUCCUACAUUUUAACCUUGAUACAGCCUUUUCUGGAUGUGACUGCAUUAAAAGACCCAACUAACUGCC